GACACCGCGAUAGAAACAUUGACUUCGUUCUAACCACCAGGAGAGCUUCACGGACUUCAUGGGCAAAAGUCCCCUUCAUUUCUGCGAUAUCGAUGUAUAAUUCGUAAGUCGUGGAAACACCGGCAAUCCCAUCCCAAUAAACGGACUAUACUUAGUAACAAAUGCCACUCACCGCCCACUAUCGAUAAAGAUUACACUAUACACACCUACUACGUAGGUACCGACGAAAUACAACCAUACAUCCUCUAAUGUCCACGGAUCUCCGCCAUACUUGAUGCAUAAGGAAUUCAAGCCAUCGAAGAAUGUAUGUGGCGCAAAGCAACAAUAAAGACAAAAAGUAACGACAAUACCUUCGAUAAACGCAUCUCUGUCUUCGGAUCGAUCUGUUCUUUGAUCUUCUUUAUACAACUUUCUUUGAACAUUCCCCGUUCACGUAUAUCGGGUCCCAGAACAUUUCUUGUCGUUUCCCGUCUCCCUUUCAACCACCCAGCACUUAAAAGAAUACGAUUUAAUUUAAUUCGACAUCUAGCUCCUCCAUCAUAGAACAGAAUGCUCCAGCGGCAUUUUGAACAUCUAUAACCAUGAGUCCAGCGGCCGUCGGUGGCCCCCACCUGCGAACCACUUCAAUCAAUGGAACUGGGCCAAUAAACAAUAUAAAGAAAGAUGGCGUUAAUGGCAUGGGAACUUUGAGUGGCAGUGGUCGAGUACUGCCACAUCUAGACGAUUUGGUGAAUGCGAAACCACUUGUCGAUAGACAGUCCUCGUUACGAAAAUUGCUGGAAGCUGGCGAAGAAGCUGCAAAACAUGCGGAAACAUACCUAGACUUUAAACGCCUGGACUUAGCUCUUCAACAGUACAUCAUAGCCUUUACAAUAGCCGUGGAAUACAUUCCUCAGAGUCCGCAUUAUCCAGAUCUAAGGAGUAGGUCGGAUUACACCCGAUUAUACGCUGGCUUGCAGAAACGACUCAAUACACAACAUAAUAGAUUCGAGGAAGUCAAGAAAAUAAUCAAGGAGGAUAAUACAAGAACUGGAGUCAGCCCGUCUAGUUUACUUCCAUACAAUGGAGAAUCUGUUCCUGGGAAUACCAAUAGCAUUGCAUUAAAGCCAGCCAUAUCCGAUGUUAAUAGCAACGCAAGCAAUAGAAAGAUUGAAACCCGUCAAAAGCCAGUGAUACAACCGAAACCACAAGGACUUCAUGGCAAUUCGAUACAAACAGCAAAUGGCAUAUCGUCCAGUCUGCCCAACUCAUCCGAGAGUGACUUGGCCGCAAGAUUUGCCCGUUUGAGGAGUCCAAAUGCUAUAAAUCUUACUCAAGAUCCUAGGAUUAGAACCCAACAAAUUACUAUUCCAGAUGAAACCACAAUAGAUCAAAAACCAACCAAUUCGACAUCGCAGUACAAGCAAAAUGCGAGUAUAUUGCGGCCUCUGGGCCCAAGAGAAAUGCCAAUGAGUCCAGCAACUCUCAAGACAGAAAAGCCAAUCCUUGACAUGGAUACUAGUGUUCCCAUGAUGCCAAGAAUGCCGGAUGCAAUCUAUAGUCCAGCACGCAGUACAGACGUGGUUUCGACUAACAGUCAACCGCCAAUGUUGUCUCGAGGGUCUUCCUACUUUAACGGAAAAAGAGAGCAUUCUAGUUCGGUCACGAAAGUUACUCGCAAUCGAAUCGUGGUUGACGAUGCAACCGAUUAUUUCUCAAACUCUGAGGUCAAUAAUUACACAUUUGAUCAUGGUCAUCCUGAACCUGAAACCCGGAUUGACAAGCCAUCAAUACCCAACACCACAACCAUUACUGCCGAGCAGCUUCAUGGUUUUCUCAAAAUGGGCUCUAAAACUUUGAGUAUCUUAAUUGUGGAUAUUCGAAGCAGAGAAGAAUUCAAUGAGGGGCAUAUCAUGGCCUCAUCAAUUAUCUGCAUUGAACCUAUAGCUCUACGAAAAGAUAUGUCCGCAGAAGAUCUUGGGGAGGGAAUUGUUUUAUCUCCUGAAUCCGAACAAAGGUUGUACGAUCAGAGGCAUAUAUUUGACUUGAUAGUCUAUUACGAUCAAUCGUCGAUGCCAAUAAACACAGAACAUGCUCCAGGCGAACCUCUUAAUCAUUUGCAACAUUUCAGUAAAAUUAUCUACGAUCAUGCUUACGAUCAUCGAUUAAAGCGACGACCGAUGUUACUCGUUGGUGGUCUAGACUCUUGGAUAGACCUCUUUGGGCCGAAUGUAUUAAAGAGCGAAAUCCCUGGCAAUAAAUCUCUGGUCAGAAACAAGAAACAUGACCAUCAAGGUUUGGGUCGAGUUUCUAUUACACGUGAAGCUCGAAGAGGCUUAGCCGCGAAGAGAACAACACCCAGAUUACGAAAUUUAUCAGCGGCAGAGGAAGAGAAAUGGGAUCAAGCUUUAAAACAAAAUUCUGAUGAUGAGUCACCUGCUCAGGAUUCUGCUAUGGACGAAUCUUAUUAUGCCAGAACUACUGAUGACUUUAUGAGGAGAUACCCAGAGCUUCCAUCAGUCAAGCAAUCCAUGGCCUCGCCAUCAAUGCCGAGGUCAUUGCCUCUCUAUGAUGGAUCAAAAAUUUCAGCCCCGCCAACUCGUCCACCACCAGCUCUACCAAGACAGAGAUCUAAUGGCAUUUUCGAACAGACACCAUAUAAGAAUUAUGCCAUGACAGGGGGAAAUUCCAGCGCCCCACCCUCAAUAGACCCUGGUCUAUGUGGUUUGAGAAACAUCACAGGUGGUCUCUGUUACAUGAAUGCCGUUGUUCAGGCCAUUGGUUCCUCGCCAGCAAUAAGGAACAUGUUUAUUAAGUUCCAGUAUCCUUGCAUUCCGGAAAUUCCGAAAAAGCCGGGCGAAGAUAGCCCCCCGAUGCUGUUGAUGACUCGUGCUCUGCGCAGUUUGCUGCAGCAUAUGUGGUGUGGAAAGUACGACGAGAUUGUUCCAAGAAUGUUUCAACAAUACGUUCAUGCAACCGCCGUUGGCCAUGAAGGUUAUAUAGGCGUUGAUCAGACUCGCAUGGGUGAACGUGACCACAGACCCGAUACAACUUUUGGAACUUCUAGACAGCAUGAUGCCAACGAGUUUUUAGCAUGGCUCUUUGAUGUCAUCAUGGAUGAGCAGAAUAUCCAUCGUGACAGGACUGGGCUCUUAGGUGAUGUCUCAACUUUUUCUACAAAGGAGAAAAGUGAAUUGCCAAGAACUCAAAAUUGUCGCGAAGGAUAUGAAAGGGCCCUUGAAACGUUGAAUUCACCCCUUGCAAAACUUGUCUGUAACCAAAAGAUGUAUGAAAUAGUUUGUCAGACUUGUAAGGACACUAGUGUGACCUCAGAGAUGUUCUCUCCUUUAAUAUAUCUAGGGGUUAAUCCGAGUGAAGGGUUAAAUCAAAAUUUGCACUCUCUGCUUCGGACGUAUUGUCUGACCGAAGAGAGAACAGGACUGGAUUGCGAUGAUGGAUGUGGUGUCAAACAAAUGCGCACCAAAAUCCAACGACAGCUCUUUUCUAAUCUCCCGGACUAUCUCAUCUUUCCUUUCAAGAUAGCCCAAAUAGCUGAUCGCAGACCGGGCCAUCGCGUAAAUGUUCAAGUAAACUUUCCGCUGGUUCUUGAUAUGGCAGAGUACACAUGGCUAUCACAGAAAGACGGAUAUUCAGAUCGAGUUCUUCCGCAUCAGAGACCACCAUUUCUAUACGAUUGUUAUGCCGUUGUACAACACAGUGGAUCAAUGGAUUCUGGACAUUAUUGGACGUUGGUCCGUAGGGUAGAUGCGAAUAACAGGUGGACCGACAAUUGGCACGAGUUUAACGAUAGUAAAGUGAUACCAGGUAAAACGUUUGCUGAUACACAAAGCUAUCGAACUGUUAUGAUCCUAUACCGUCGUCAAGGCGCUGCUUGAUACCUACGUCGAUUGGCUACUUUUAGCGAUGGAGUCAUGGUUUACAAAUUUUGGCGUCAUGGGAGGGGCUCAAAUCAAUGUGGGUGUAUCUAGAGCAGGCGUUGGUUAUAUAGUUGGAAAGCUCGAUGCGGAAAAUGAAAAGGAGCAAUGUUUAUAUGCGACCGGUUGAAGGCUUUGGAUGGGGGUGAUGCAGAUAUCGUUUACAUGAAUGAAUGAUUGGUACAAUAGUUUUUUGACAACAAUGAUGAAUUGAAUUGUUCAAGGUACAUUUGUACUUGGUAUAUGCGAAAAUGCUGUCGUUAUAUAGUCUUCA